AUGUCACUUUCUGAUAAAGAAUUGUUUGAAUUAAACAAAAAAGCAGUAACAGAGGGUUUCAAAAUCAAACCAAGAAUUAAUUAUAACACUGUUGGUGGUGUCAAUGGUCCAUUGGUUAUCUUAGACAAUGUUAAAUUCCCACGUUACAAUGAAAUUGUUAAUUUGACGUUGCCAGAUGGCUCUGUGAGACAGGGGCAAGUUUUAGAAGUUAGAGGUACCAAGGCAAUUGUUCAAGUUUUCGAAGGUACGUCAGGUAUCGAUGUUAAAAAAACCAGAGUUGAAUUUACUGGUGAAAAUUUGAAAAUUCCUGUUUCCGAAGAUAUGUUGGGUAGAAUUUUUGAUGGUUCAGGUAGACCAAUUGACAAAGGACCAAAGAUAUUUGCUGAAGACUAUUUGGAUAUUAAUGGAUCACCAAUUAAUCCAUAUGCUCGUAUUUAUCCUGAAGAAAUGAUUUCCACUGGUGUUUCUGCAAUUGAUACUAUGAACUCAAUUGCUAGAGGUCAAAAAAUCCCAAUUUUCUCAGCCUCUGGUUUACCUCAUAAUGAAAUUGCUGCCCAAAUUUGUAGACAAGCAGGGUUGGUCAGACCAACAAAAGAUGUCCACGAUGGUCAUGAAGAGAAUUUCUCCAUUGUGUUUGCUGCUAUGGGUGUAAACUUGGAAACAUCAAGAUUUUUCAAACAAGAUUUCGAAGAAAACGGGUCUUUGGAAAGAACUACCUUGUUUUUGAAUUUGGCUAAUGAUCCUACAAUUGAAAGAAUUAUUACCCCACGUUUGGCUUUGACCACUGCUGAAUUCUUGGCUUAUCAAACUGAAAGACACGUUUUGACUAUUUUGACAGAUAUGUCCUCUUAUGCCGAUGCCUUGAGAGAAGUCUCUGCUGCCAGAGAAGAAGUCCCAGGUAGAAGAGGUUAUCCAGGUUAUAUGUACACUGAUUUGUCAACAAUCUAUGAAAGAGCUGGUAGAGUUGAAGGUAGAAAUGGUUCUAUCACCCAAGUGCCAAUUUUGACUAUGCCUAAUGAUGAUAUUACCCAUCCAAUUCCUGAUUUGACUGGUUAUAUUACUGAAGGUCAAAUUUUCAUUGAUAGACAAUUGCACAACAGAGGUAUUUAUCCGCCAAUCAAUGUGUUACCUUCAUUAUCACGUUUGAUGAAAUCUGCUAUUGGUGAAGGUAUGACCAGAAAGGAUCACGGUGAUGUAUCCAAUCAAUUGUAUGCUAAAUAUGCCAUUGGUAAAGAUGCUGCUGCAAUGAAAGCUGUUGUUGGGGAAGAAGCGUUGUCUACAGAAGAUAAAUUGUCCUUAGAAUUUUUGGAGAAAUUUGAAAAGAACUUCAUUUCUCAAGGAGCCUACGAAAACAGAUCUAUUUUUGAAUCUUUAGACUUGGCCUGGUCAUUAUUAAGAAUCUAUCCUAAGGAAUUGUUAAAUAGAAUCAGUCCAAAGAUUUUGGAAGAGUUCUACGGUAGAGAUAGGGAACAAGAUGAUGAUGAAGACGAAGAAGAAGACCCAGAUAAAUCUGGUGAUAAAUUAAUUGAUGCUUAG